CUCCAAUGUGGCAAGUUUUGCAACUUCAAGCGCCUUGAGCCUUGAGGCUUGAUCAGCUGUUGAACUUGAGAGAGGCGCGCUGCACCCAACGAAGCAAGCGCAAGUAGAGGAGGUUCAAAAGGCGCCACCUAUAUUGAGAGAAGGGUUCGAGACGAGAAGAUACAGUUUCUGGGUACUAGCAGUGGGCAAACCAACGUAGUCUUCCCCCGCAGUCUGGUCCGACUCCCUUAGUAGCUCGCCCAUGCAGAUAGAUCCUGUGUCCGGUUGAUGCGCCUGUCCUAAUCUCUCAAGGGAUCUGGGCCCACCGGUGGCUAGAGCGUAAAGCGAAACUAACUGCACAGAACUUUCUUUAGUUUCACCGGUGCAUAGGUGCAUGGGUGGCAUCUUCUGCAAUUCGAAAGUAGUGGUGUGAUCUUGGCAAGUGGCAGUGCUGCAAGCUGAAGCGACUCCCCACAUCAAGGUGGAGAAGAUUCAAGACUCUGCAUUGGGAAAAGUAUAGCCGUCACUGCAAUGGUCUCAGUACUGCUGCAGGAGCGGACGGCGGGCUUUCUUGUCGGUCUGGUGACAGGGGCAGCAGCGUACGUCCACAUGCAUCGGGAGCUGUGGCGGCGGACAGCGGAAACAGCGGAGACGCUCUCACACCACAGCUUGCCCCCGCCUCCCCCACCUCAGGAACACGAACCUUUAUUCGGGAGAGAACGGCAGGUGUUCUCUGAACAAGUCCAAUCUAGAAUGGUCUUCAAGUUUGUCAGCCGGACGGCAAGUCUUGCAGAAAAUCGGUUGGCCCGCUUGGCAUUCGAGGAGUCGAAGGAGAUGUGGGCAGCAAACGAAGGCGGGUGGUAUAUGCGAGGAUUGUAG